AUGUCAGCUGCGCAUCGGCAAAUCGUUGCUAUAAUAGGUGAUCCGUUUUAUACUUUGACAAAUCGACUAGUAGACGCUGUAGGUAAUGACAGCACGACAGCCGUUUUUCAUUUGGAUACCAAGUACUACCAAGCUCAUGUAGGCGUUCGUCAGUUCAAUACCGGUGCAGAUCUUUUGAAAAUGAAGAGGCAAAAUCCCGAUCUUAUGAUCGGUGCGAUAAUCCUCAAACUUGGUACGAAGGACGAACUGGAAAUUAUGGAAAGUGUGGUGAAGAAAGUUGAUUGCGACUCUCAUGUUUUGGUUGUGGAUAACUGCAUGCACGAUGAUUUAAAUUUUGCUCAAUCGUGGGCUCAUAGCUUCAGAUUCGAGCUAGUAAUUCUGAACCCUGACCCGAGUCAGCGAGAAGAAGCAAAAUCGCUGAGCGAAAAGUGUGGUAUCGCAAGGGUUGUAGAGGUGAUCGAAAACGUUGCGUGGCAACUCAAAAAGGACAAUUUCAAGAAGAUUACGGGAAAACAGGGACUGGAUCGUUUACUGGCGAUUAUCGAGGCUAUGAGUGAAAGCAGCGAAGACUCAGACUUGGAACCGGAUGAGGAAGAUAAAGAGGCAAUAUGGCAAGCAUUCAGCUCAUGUGGUAUCCCGCCGCAAACAUCUGAAACUACCUCCUCGUCAUCAGUCUCUAAAGAAAGGGAAUGUGAAGCAACUGUCUCUGUUGAUGUGACUAUUGUGAAAAACGAACGGAAGCCUGAUCAGUGGUUCUCUGGAUUGCUUGACAAUAAGGCGAAGGGUGUUUCUGACUGUGACAUACCGGAGUCUACGGAUUUCAAUUUCUUCCAAGCAAUAAAAGACAUUACGGGAAAACAGGGACUGGAUCGUUUACUGGCGAUUAUCGAGGCUAUGAGUGAAAGCAGCGAAGACUCAGACUUGGAACCGGAUGAGGAAGAUAAAGAGGCAAUAUGGCAAGCAUUCAGCUCAUGUGGUAUCCCGCCGCAAACAUCUGAAACUACCUCCUCGUCAUCAGUCUCUAAAGAAAGGGAAUGUGAAGCAACUGUCUCUGUUGAUGUGACUAUUGUGAAAAACGAACGGAAGCCUGAUCAGUGGUUCUCUGGAUUGCUUGACAAUAAGGCGAAGGGUGUUUCUGACUGUGACAUACCGGAGUCUACGGAUUUCAAUUUCUUCCAAGCAAUAAAAGACACCCGUGACGCUAACAUGAAGUUACUCGAUCCAGCAAAACGUGCUGACAACGCGGCUGCACUUCUUUCCAAAAUUGUCGAUCUCAAUAUGGAGGACAAGGACGAAGCUCGCGAUAAGAAAAAUCAAUAG